AUGCCGCCACGCAAGGAAAAGAAGAAACAAGCCAGUGAUGCUAUUGCUCCUGCGACCGUUUUGGUUUCGAAUUCAGUCAAGUUAGAUACACGCCCAGUCCAGCCAGCGGAACUCACAGACGACCAUGCUCUUAAGAUCGAACAGCUUAAUGCAGCCCUCUUACCGGCCAAGAUCGGGAUCGGCAAAAUCAAUAACUUGAAGCUUGAGAACAAGCUGAUCUUUGGCGUAUACAACGAUCGCCCUGAAAACACGAGUGAAAUAAACAAGAUGGUCACCUCAUUCGAAUUCAAUGGCAUCCAAGCGUUCUCAGAGCCGAAUGCACUCCCGAUCAUCAUCGAUCGCUUGCGGUUGUCUUCUGAUCAGAUGUUCGAUGGAGAGUGGGACCAGCGGAAUACGUUGAUGCAGGUAGAAUUCAGUGACACCGAACCGAUAGUGCUGGCAUCAGGGCAACACCGUGUCGCAGCAUUGAGAAAACUGCAGAUCUCAUACUUGGAUGAAGACAGCUCGCUCAGCAAGCGUUUGAAAGAGCUCGAAAACUUGAAAGAACCCACCAAGGAUGAUGCAGAAGAGCAUAGUGCGGUUCGAAAAAAACUGGCCACAGUCAAGGGCCAUAUCAACAUAGUCGGGGAGUGGGGUGUGAUCCUGUAUGACCAAGACAUCCUCCUUGCUGAUGGCACGGAGCUCGCUCACCACUUGAGUCGCAAUCAGAACCUGCACGUUUAUAAGGAAACAGCGGAGGAAGUCAUUGUUGCGACGUUCAGGACCAUCGGUGAUGAAUACAAGCGAGCCAGGGAAGAAGCUGCACUGAAAGUCCUGGAAGAUUACUACAGCAGACCCACGCAUAAGAAGGCUUCGAAUAUAACGCGAGUCCUCAAGAAUCAGAGGUUGGUGAUGACCCUCGCAAUGGACCUGCACCCCAUGGGCUCCCACUACCGCUGCCGUCGCAAAUUUACCGUUCGUUGGCUUGGGAAGUCAAUAUCGGUCACUAUGGGAAUGUAUUCCAUAUAUAUGUCGACUGGCGUAGAUCUGUUUCGACGUCUGGCAUCAAAGGAUGCGUUCCCGUCGUACAAGCUGAUUGACACCUUGAUUACUAGAUCUCUGAAGGAUGACGCCACCAUGCGUCCACUGUGGCUGAAUAAAUUGGCGGACCUGUGCGAUGAGAUCGUGAAUGGCACACCUGGCGACCCAAAGAUUUUCAUCCCUUACCUCACUGACAUCGACGACUCAGCAUCACAGUGUUUUCGGACGUACAAGGGCACGUUCGGUACUUGGAACUCAAAUUACCUGGAGGCCCUGAAAAGUUACGAGGAUCAAGUCCACACUGCACUCCACGACGGAUGGAUCCUCCGCAGCGAAAGUUUGGAAGACAAAGAAUGGCUCGACGUAGUAUUGGCGCGGAUAUUACUCUGGUUGACGCCGAUCCCAAAUGUUCACAUGCCCAUGCCAUUGAUGACGGGCAUGGUGAUGGACAAGGUCCACAACGAGCUGGAAGCCGUCAAGUUGGGGUACACCGAGAUGUCGGAUUUGCGUGAAAUCAACCCCUCAACUCACGCAAAUUUGCAGAUGUCGGAUUUUGUCAUAUUCCGUGCCUAA